AUGUCGGCCACAAUCACCGAAACCGCCACCUCCACCUCCACUAUCCUAUCUGGGGUGCAAGACUCUUCGUACAUUCCUCGGGGUCCAGUCACCAGCACCCUUAACUUCUUCCAAGAUCCUGUCGAUGGGUCCAAACCGUUUAAUUAUGUUGAGCCACAGCCUGAAGGCCAGCCUCAGCGGAAUUACGGCGUCUUCGAACAAAAGGUGCAGAUUAAUGAUUUGAGAGGCCAUGAGAAGGAGUACCAUCUUGACAAAGAUGCAUUCCAGGUCAUCUCGGGAGUCUCUUCACAAGAGACAGAAUUUGUCGACGAUGAUCACAUCAAGAAGGUCUACUACCCAGAAGUGGAACAACUGCUGCUAGACAAUGUACCUGGCGCUCAUAAAGUGACGAUUUUUGACCAUACCAUUCGACGGUCUAAUCCAGACGCGCCACGGGCUCCUGUGACCCGAGUCCAUGUCGACCAGACCGCUCAGUCGACCGAGUGGCGGGUCAGGCUGCACAACCCUGAAGACGCCGACGAGCUACUCAAGGGCCGUUUUCGCAUUAUCAAUGUAUGGAGGCCUAUAAAUGGUCCCGUUCAAGCACAUCCCUUGGCAUAUGCGUCGGCCGAUACGGUCGAAGACAAUGACUUGGUUCCAGUGGAACACAGAUAUCCCCAUCGGACGGGAGCAACAGCUGGAGUGCGGUACAACAAAGGCCAGCAGUACUACUACCUCUCGGGCAUGACGAACGAUGAAAGCCUUUUUCUCAAGUGCUACGACAGCAAGGAUGGCGUGGGUCAGCGUGUACCACAUACGGCAUUCGUUGACCCUCGAACUCCCGAGGGCGCGAGAGGGAGGGAAAGUAUCGAGGUCAGAGCCUUGGUCUAUGGAUGA